AUUGGAGAAGUCGUAGAGGACGUCCGCGUGGACCCCGUAAUUCGAGCUGCCUGUGCUCCCAUCCUGGCUGGCCAGUGCAAUGCCGCCAUAAUCGAACCCGAUCGAGUCUACGCAUGUCUGAUGGAGGCCAGGCGUUCUCCCAGUAUGCCGGAGGAGUGCAAAUACCGCCUCUUCGAAUUGGAAUUCAUCGUCUCGCGGGAUAUAACGCUUGACAAAAAUCUGUUUCAGUAA